AUGCCAAAAAACUUUGCACUGCCCUCCGCGCUUGAACCAUACAAGGGAUUCGGAGAUCCCAGAGCCCAUGUGAAGAAAUUCCAAUCCAUGAUGUUCUUCAACGGUGCUAACAAUGAGCCUGUCCUAUGUCGAGAAUUUUCUACUUACCUCGACGGCGCUGCGUUGCUCUGGUUUUCUAAGCUGUCUGCAGGUUCGAUCUCCUCCUUUGAAGAUCUAGCCAGAUCAUUCAUUGACUACUUUGCAGCGUCGAGAAUAUACGUACAUGGAUCAGAUUAUCUCGGCACCAUCAAGCAAGGACAGCACGAGGGCUUGAAGGACUAUAUGACCAGGUUCGCCGAGGCCACUAUGGAGAUCCAAGACCUAGAUCCGACUGUCCACUUACAUGCUCUCAAAGCUGGCCUCAGACCUGGCAAAUUCCGGGAGACUAUUGCGAUAACAAAACCAAAAACACUGGAAGAGUUCCGAGAAAGAGCUGCAGGACAAAUGGAGAUCGAGGAGCUCCACGAGGCCCAAAAGACGGAUAAGCAGCCACAUCGAAGAGAUGAGGAAAAAGCUCUCAGGUCACCAGGCAACAAGGACACAAAGAAACCUUUCAAGCCCGCAUCGAAACACAAUACGUACACCAGAUUCAACACCAGAAGAGAAAAUAUCAUCAAAGAGAUUCUGAAUGCCAAAAUCGUGAAGCCACCAGCUCGAGCAGGAAACUACCGAGACCAAAGUUUCGUGGAUAGAAACAAGCAUUGCGCCUUCCACCAGAAGUUCGGCCAUACCACGGACGACUGUAUCGUGGCAAAAGACUUGCUCGAAAGACUGGCACGCCAAGGGCUCUUAGACAAAUAUGUCGAAAAUCCGCCAAGAGGAAUCAUCAACCACAUAUCAGGAGGAUAUGCAGGUGGAGGCGAAACAAGCUCGGCCAGGAAACGGAGCUAUAGGGCAAUGCUGGCAAUCGAGGAAGCAUUGCAGCCAAAGAGGGAGGAAGGCCCAGAUAUCACAAUAUCUUUUGGUCAAUCAGACUUCAGAUCGACAAGCCCUAACCUCGACGACCCAGUAGUGAUCUCUAUCCAGGCUGGAGAGCUGUUGGUAAGGAAAACACUGCUGGACCCAGGUAGUAGUGCUGAUGUUUUAUUUUAUUCUACAUUUAAAAAGAUGAAGUUAUCAGAAAAACUAAUACAACCCUCAUCGGGAGAGCUAAUUGGGUUCUCCGGAGAAAGGGUCCCCAUCAUGGGGCACAUAUGGCUAACGACCACAAUGGGAGAGAUCCCUAUGUCGAAAUCCAUCGAUAUUCAAUACCUAAUAGUAGACUGUUAUAACCCUUAUAAUAUUAUAAUUGGGAGACCCGCCUUGAAUAUAUUCAAAGCGGUAGUGUCCACAUUACACCUGUGCGUUAAGUUUCCAGUGCAGAAAAACAGAAUAGCAACAGUGUAUGCUGAUCACCAAGAAGCCCGGCAGUGCUACAAUGCUAGUCUAAAGCAAAUCCAAACGAAACAAGAAGCUCGGCCCCAGGUCCAAGCAAUACACAAUUCAGCCGAUGCCACAACACUAGCUGACCUCGACCCGAGAGAAGACCUUGGCGAAAGACCUUGA